AUGAUCGUACUCUUAUCAUGUACAGCAUUCUUCGCUAUCUGCAUCUUCUGCUAUGCUCUUAUUUUUAUUUUUAUUCUACAGAACAAGUUUUACAAAAAUCAAUCCGGAAGAAAUGAAAUGCGCCUUUGCGGACAGGUAGCUGGACUUGUUAUUGGCUUCAUGAUCCAGUUUGUGUAUAAUGGAGGUAUAUAUGUCCUCAACAGUUUCGGACAGGCAACGAUUCUUCGCAGCUGGAGGACAAUGGGACCUCUUGCGUACUGUUUUCUUUCCUGUGUACACCCAUGGACAUGUUUAACAUUCAAUAUGGAAAUAAGAGAAGGAGUUUUCAAUAUUUUUUGUUGCCGUCUCAGAAGCAAGAAACGAACGACCAGACAUACUGAAUUAUUCGCGUUAUCGAGAUCAAGGUAA